AUGGCAGAUAAUGAUCCACUAAUAAACAACUUGGCAGCAUUGUUGAGAGAGACAAGAGAGAAUUUUGAUAUAGAACAUGAUAUAGACACAAUUAUUAACAUUAAUGAUAAGUUGACAGAACUUAAGAAUAGGUCGAAUGAACUAAAGACGAGUAAGGAAAGUGAAAUAACGUCAUUAAGAAAUAAUUUAGAAUCACAAGGUGAGAAAAUCCAAAUAUUGAAUGAUAAUUUGAACAAGACAAAAGAAGAAUCCAAAAACUUCAAAAGUAAAGAUCAAUUAAUUGACGUCGUGAAAGAAUUAGACGAAUUAGAGAAUGACGUCGUAUCAAUGCGAAGCCAAUUAGAUCAAAAAAUUACUCGAUUUGUCACAUCAUCUUCGUCACCACAACGACCACCGCUAUCUUUAUCAAUCUCAUCUCCUCCGAAAAAUUCUCAUAUGAAUGGUCUCUCUAAUUAUGACGAUGAGACUAAUGAAAUUCUUAAUGAUCCAAUUGCAAAGGCAAACAUUCUGAGGUUGAAAUUGUACAGAUCGAUGGGGAUCAUUUUAGAUAUCGAUAAUAAUCAAGUAUUAAUCGAUUCUUAUAAUUAUAAUAACAACGGUAACAAUAACGACACAAAUAAUAAUAGCAAUAAUAAAAUUGAUAUAUUACCGUUAGACGAUGAUUUAAGUGAUUAUUUCAAAACAAAAUAUAUUUGGGAAAAAUAA